AUGGAUGUCAUGGCGUCGCCGUCGCCCGUGCCGCGUCCUGUGUGGACCCGCGCCUGUGACGGCCUGUCGUGGCCGUUGAGCCUGUCGUCACGGCCAAAGGUGCUGGGCUCGGUCCCUCCCCGGCACUGGCGCCCCGUGGCUGCGCUCCUCGCCCUGCGCGCCUUACGACGCCGGGUGGCGGGGCUGGUGCUGCUGGCGCCGAUUUCGACGAAGGCCGAGAUGGUGGAGGCGGUGGAGGCGGUGGAACUGGGGGAGAAGCUGGCCCCAGAGGACUGGCGUAGCUUUCCCAGCAACUUCCUUUGGGGCGUCGCCACAGCAGCCUUUCAGGUGGAGGGUGCGGUGACGGAAGGGGGCCGCGGGCCGUCCAUUUGGGACACCUUUUCCCACGUGAAGGGCAACAUCGAUGGUGAUGCCACCGCGGAUGUGGCCUGCGAUCAUUUCCAUCGCUACAGGGAGGACAUUCAGCUGGUAAAGCGCCUUGGAGCCAAGGCGUAUCGUUUUUCGAUCUCAUGGUCCAGGGUGCUUCCAACGGGAAGGAUUCAAGGAGGCAUCUCUGCAGAAGGCUUGGCUUUCUACGAAGAUCUCUGUCGAGAAGCCUUGGCCAAUGGAAUUGAACCAGUGGCCACUUUGUAUCACUGGGACCUCCCUGAAGCCUUGGAACGAGAAGGCGGCUGGCUGAACCGAGAGACGGUGGAGGUUUUUGCGGACUAUGCCGCGCUGUGCUUCCAAAGCUUGGGGAAAUAUGUGAAGACCUGGUGUAGUAUCAACGAACCCUGGACGCAAUGCAUUCUGGGCUACUGCUUUGGUUCCCACGCACCCGGCCGCAGUGUGGCGCCGGGGGUGGAGCCCUACCUGGCGGGGCACCACAUGCUGCUGGCGCACGGCCGGGCAGCAGAGAUCUAUCGGAAGGUGAGGCCUGAAGGCGGCAAGAUUGCCAUGGUUCUGAACACAGAGUGGGCAGAGCCACAGGAACCGAACAACCUCGAAGACCAGGCGGCCGUCGAACGUGCCCGUGCCUUCAACCUGGACUGGUUCGCGGCACCGCUCUACGAAGGCGACUACCCGCAGCUCAUGCGCCAGCGCGUGGGCCAAAGGCUUCCGCGCUUCACGGAGACGGAGAGGAAGUUAGUGAGAGGAUCCAACGACUUCUUUGCCUUGAAUUGCUAUUCUGCGAGAUACAUUUGCGAAGACAACUUCUGGCGGAACUUGCAGAACACUCCGGCCAAAUUGAGGAUUUUGCCCUUCGUCUCGGAGGUCUUGGUGCAAAAGCUCAAGGUCGCCCUGUCAGCCGACGCUGCUGCCGACCCUGCGGAAGUGCCGGCAGCGGCCACGGGGGGGCCAGCCACCCCCUCGCCACAGACUCUGCCGACGACAAGCUGGACGAAAGAUGCAGGCUAUGAAACAUCUAUCCCCCUGGACGCCGAGCUGACAGCCACGGGUUGGCCAGUGGCGCACUAUGGCUUGGGGCGCCUACUGCUCUACAUCCAAGGUCGCUACCAACCCAAGGGAGGCAUUCUCAUCACUGAAGCAGGGGCAGCCUUUGAUGGUGAUUCCGACAGUGCCGGGCCGCGGCAAGCAACGUACCUGCAGCGGCAAAGCGUGGUGCUGCGGCGGGCCAUGUUGGAGGGUGCUGAUGUGAGGGGCUACAUCUGGUGGACGCUGAUGGACAAUUUCGAGUGGAGUUACGGAUAUUCCAAGCACUUUGGCCUCUACGCCGUGGAUUUCUCGCGCCGCCAAGCACGCACGCCCCGUGCCGUGGUGGCCACCUAUCAGCGGCUGAGUCGCUCCAACGCUGUGGAUGGCGCUGUGACGGACGCGGAGCUUGCCACGUGUUUAGAGCGACCAGAUGGCCGAGCUAUGCCGGAUGCCUUUGACUGCAGGUUCAACGCCGCAAGUCGUCUUCAUGGGCAGAAGAGGGUCUUGACCCAGGCCUCAGAGCUGGAAGUCUUGGUCGAGGCCUGCCGUCGCAGUGGCAACUUCGAGGCCAUGACACAAGCAGCAGAGGAGCUCGCAGCUUGCUGUCGGGAAAUGGACCCCAAGCAGCCCAGCCGAGAGGCCCGCGCCCUGCGCCUUUGCACUCGAGGGCAGCUGAUGUUGCGAAGGCCCAAGCGAGCAAUCCAAUCAGCUGGCAGAGCCAUGACUCUCUUCAAGGAGCUGGGCGACAGUAACGCGGCGGAUGAGAUGCGGAUGCUCUUUGUGCGGGCGCAAACCUUGCGCGAAGGAAUGCAGGCUGCAGCCCAAGACGCGCGACAGGCGUGGCUCCUCUACCGCGAGCAUGGUGAUCCUCGACUACUCUUCCAAGCAGCAAAGAAUUGUCACGAUGCGCAUCAUAAGUUCGAUGAUCAGAACGUCCUCCUGCUGGAGAAACUCUGA